AUGAGCUCAUCUGAGCUGUGUGAUACACAGGAAUGGGAUCUAGUAUUGGCGGAAGAUGCCUACGAAGAAGCACUUAAGGCACAUAGCAUACAAGAUGUUGACCUGAAGAUCAGAGCGGCGAAGAAAUUCCUAAAAAGUGAUAACAGAACACUGGAAGAGAAGGUCCGCCUAACCUUGAGACAUCAUAUGAUGAGACGAAAAAUGUAA